AGCACACUUCAGCCUCACAUCCCACGUUUAGCCUGGGACUUGCCUUUCCCUCUCUUGCAGCACUUUAGAUGGAGACUCUGAGGAUGCAUCAUCAGUACACUAGCCGGGCUGUACUCUUCAGGAUACUUGCUCUCAUGCUGCUUUCUCCUGGCUUCCUUGCCUUUAACUUGGAUGUUGAUAAAGUCACAGUAUACAGUGGUCCUCGGGACAGUUAUUUUGGAUACUCGGUGGAUUUUUAUGUGCCUAACCCCAACAAGGUCAGUGUUUUGAUUGGAGCCCCUAAAGCUAAUACGUCCCAGCCAGAGAUAAUUGAAGGCGGUGCUGUGUACCACUGCCCCUGGCCAGAGACCUCAUCCUGCAAACAGAUUCCUUUUGACAUCACUAACAACAGAGCCAUUAAGGUUGCUGGAACAAAGGAAGAUGUGGAAUUCAAGUCAAAACAAUGGUUUGGAGCAACUGUUAGAGCUCAUAAAGAAAAGGUGGUGGCUUGUGCUCCAUUAUAUCACUGGAGAAGUGUUAAACCUACCCCAGAAAAGGAUCCUGUUGGCACAUGUUAUGUUGCCAUUCAGAAUUUUAGUGCUUAUGCCGAGUAUUCUCCAUGCCGUGGUCAUAAUGCUGAUCCUGAAGGGCAAGGAUUCUGUCAAGCUGGUUUUAGCCUGGACUUUAACAAGAAUGGGGACAUAGCAUUAGGAGGACCUGGCAGCUAUUACUGGCAAGGACAAAUCUUCACAGCUAAAAUUGCAGAUAUCAUACAAGGUUAUUCAUACAAGAGCAUUAUCAGGAAGCUGGUUGGGGAAAAGCAAACUGCAAUGGCCCAGUCUGCCUAUGAUGAUAGUUAUUUGGGAUACUCAAUGGCUGUUGGAGAAUUUACGGAGGAUUCUGAGCAAGAGAUUGUUGCAGGAGUCCCCAGAGGAGCACAGAACUUUGGAUAUGUCUCUAUAAUUAAUUCUACAGAUUUGGCCUUCAUUCAGAAUUUCACUGGAGACCAGAUGGCCUCUUACUUUGGAUAUACUGUUGCCGUCUCAGAUGUAAACAAUGAUGGACUGGAUGAUAUACUGGUUGGGGCACCACUGUUCAUGGAUCGGGAAUUUGAGAGUAAACCAAAAGAAGUUGGACAGGUUUACCUGUACUUGCAAGAACGUGCCCUGGAGUUUAGAAAUGCCCAAAUUUUAAAAGGGGCCGAAAUCUUUGCAAGAUUUGGCAGUGCUAUUGCACAUUUAGGUGAUAUAAAUCAAGAUGGAUAUAAUGAUAUUGCUAUUGGCUCACCAUUUGCAGGGGAAGACAGGAAAGGCAGAGUGUUUAUCUACAAUGGGAAUGCUAAUGGGUUAAAUAAAGAGCCAUCCCAAAUACUGGAUGGAGCUUGGGCCUCCCAGUCUCUGCCUGCAGGAUUUGGCUUCACUCUGAGAGGAGAUUCAGACAUAGACAAAAACGAUUACCCAGAUUUAAUUGUAGGAGCAUUUGGAGCAGCAAAAGCAGUUGUAUAUAGGGCUAGACCAGUAGUGACAGUUGGUGCUCAACUUAUUCUUUAUCCUAUGAUUUUGAACCCAGAAAACAAGACCUGCCAACUUCCCUACGCCGAAACACUAGUGACUUGUUUCACAGUAAGGGUCUGUGCAACAGUAUCAGGUCAAAGCAUUCCAUCCAAAAUAGUAUUGGAAGUUGAAGUUGAAUUAGACUGGUUGAAACAGAAAGGCGCAGUGAAGAGAACAAUAUUUCUGGAAAACAAUCAGGCGCACAAAGCUUUCCGACUAACAAUAGAGAAACAGAAGCCAUUCCAGUGCCAAGACUUUGUUGUCUAUCUCAGAGAAGAAACGGAAUUCCGUGACAAGCUCACUCCAAUUACUGUCAAUAUGAAUUAUAGUUUGGAUGAAUCCGCCUUUUCAGGUGACCUGGAUCUGAAGCCAAUUCUAAAUCGUUACGGAGAAACAACCCUACAGAAGCAGGCGCAUAUUCUGGUGGAAUGUGGAGACGACAAUAUGUGCAUUCCUGACCUAAAACUUUCAGCCAUAUCAGACAAGAAAGAGCUAAUCAUCGGAAAAGAGAACCAUAUUCUGCUGGUUAUAAACGCUAGAAAUGAUGGCGAAGGAGCAUAUGAAGCAGAACUGCACGUGAACAUUCCUUUAGAAGCAGACUACGUUGGUGUUGAACGGCAUAUGGAGGGACUGCGGCAACUUAACUGUGAAUAUAAAAUGGAAAAUGAAUCUCGAAUGGUCGUAUGCGACCUUGGAAAUCCGAUGGCAGCUGGAACAAAUCUCUCCAUUGGCCUACGAUUUGUUGUCCAACGUUUAGAAAAUGUAGAAAACAUCAAAUUUGAACUAUUAGUUAAAAGUUCAAACAAGGACAACCCCAACAGCAACUUUGUUAGCCUUCAAAUCAACAUAACUGCUGUAGCCAAAGUAGAGAUCAGAGGAGUAUCUCUUCCUCCUCAAAUUGUUCUACCAAUUGCAGAUUGGGAACCCAAGGAAAAACCUACUGAGGAAAAGGAAGUUGGACCUUUAGUUCAACAUGUAUAUGAGUUGCACAACAUUGGGCCAAGUGCUAUAAGUGAAACCCAUCUCAGAGUGGGUUUCCCCACACAAAGCCGGGAAGAGUUUCUCCUCUACAUAUUCCACAUUCAGACAGAGGGACCACUAAAGUGUCAACCAAGCAGUGCUCUCAACACUUUAAAAAUAAAGACAAGCAAAUAUGAGGAUACACCUGAACUAGCCGCCUACUUACGGAAUUCCAGUGUAUCUCACGCCGUGAGCCGCAGGGAUGUAGGAGUACCCUGACCUCUGAGACAUAUCCCUAUACCUACAAA